UGAAAGCGGCCAUGAGCAUCGCCACCGUCUCAUCACCAUCCAAACUUCAUCAAAUCAAAACCCUAAUCUCCGUCGCAUCCACCGUCAACCACCUGAAACAGAUCCACGCGUCUCUCAUCCACCACGAUCACCACCAUGACACUUACCUCGUUAACCUCCUCCUCAAGCGAACUCUCUUCUUCCGCGAAAACCACUACUCCUUCCUCCUCUUCUCCCACACCCAGUUCCCCAACAUCUUCCUCUAUAACACUCUCAUCAACGGCUUCGUCAACGACAACCUCUUCCGCGAAACGCUCGACCUCUUCCUCUCCGUCCGCGAACACGGCCUCUCUCUCUACGGUUUCACUUUCCCUUUCGUCCUCAAGGCGUGCAUUAGAUCCCAGAAUCUUAACCUCGGGAUUGAGCUCCAUCCUCUUGUUGUGAAAUGCGGGUUUAAUCGCGACGUCGGGGCUAUGACGAGUCUGCUCUCUCUGUACUCUGGAUUCGGGCGGGUCGAUGAUGCACGGAAGUUGUUCGACGAAAUGCCCGAGAGAACGAUUGUUUCGUGGACGGCUUUUGUUAGUGGGUGUAUUGCCUCAGGGAAGCAUGGGGAUGCGAUUGGUUUGUUUAACAAGAUGGUGGAGAGUGGUGUGAGGCCGGAUAGCUACUCCGUUGUUCGGGUUUUAUCUGCUUGUGUUCAGGUAGGCGAUCUCGAUAGCGCGGAGUGGAUUGCUAAUCUAGUUGAAGAGAUUGAGAUGCAUAAGAACUCAUAUGUGUAUGCAACGCUCGUAAAUCUCUACGCGAAGGGUGGGAAGAUGGAGAAAGCUCGCUCUGUUUUCGACUCGAUGGCUGAGAAAGAUAUAGUUACUUGGAGCACUAUGAUACAAGGGUAUGCGUCGAACAGCCUCCCGAAGGAAGGUGUAGAGUUGUUCCACCAGAUGCUGCGGGAAGAUCUGAAACCGGAUCAGUAUUCGAUUGUCGGGUUUCUUUCUUCUUGUGCAAGCUUAGGAGCCCUUGAUCUAGGCGAAUGGGGAAGUGGUUUGAUAGAUAGGGAUGAGUUCUUGACUAAUCUUGUUAUGGGGAAUGCGUUGAUCGACAUGUAUGCAAAAUGUGGGGAUAUGACUAGGGGAUUUCAAGUGUUUAAAGAGAUGAAGGAGAAGGAUAGAGUCAUCAUGAACACUGCGAUUACUGGUCUGGCCAAGAACGGCCAUGUCAAGCUGUCUUUUGCUGUUUUCGGACAAACAGAGAAGCUAGGUAUCUCACCUGAUGGGUACACAUUCCUUGGAUUGCUAUGUGGGUGUGUUCACGCAGGGCUAAUCCAAGACGGGCUUCGGUUUUUCAACUCCAUAAGCUCUGUUUACUCGUUGAAACGCACGGUUGAGCACUAUGGUUGCAUGGUUGAUCUUUGGGGCAGAGCAGGACAGUUAAGUGAAGCCUACCGGUUGAUCUGCGAUAUGCCAAUGAAGCCAAACGCGAUAAUAUGGGGAGCGUUGCUAACCGGAUGCAGACUGGUCAAAGAAACUCGGUUAGCUGAACGUGUUCUGAAAGAACUCAUCGCUCUUGAGCCGUGGAAUGCAGGAAACUACGUUCAAUUAUCCAACAUAUACUCGGUUAAUGGCAGAUGGGACGAAGCGGCUGAAGUGAGAGAGGAAAUGAACAAGAAAGGUAUGAAGAAGCUUCCUGGAUGGAGUUGGAUCGAAUUGGAAGGGACGGUGCACGAGUUUCUGGCUGAUGAUAAGUCUCAUCCUCUGAGCGACAAGAUAUAUGCGAAGCUAGAAGAUUUGGGUAAUGAAAUGAGGCUUAUGGGUUUUGUGCCAACGACAGAAUGUGUUAUGUUCGACGUUGAAGAAGAAGAAAAGGAGACGGUGUUGGGGUAUCACAGCGAGAAGCUUGCGGUCGCGUUGGGGUUGAUCAGUACGGGUCAUGGCGAAGUGAUUCGAGUGGUGAAGAAUCUAAGAGUAUGCGGAGAUUGUCAUGAAGCGAUGAAGUUGAUAUCGAAGAUCACAAGAAGAGAGAUUGUUGUUAGAGAUAAUAAUAGGUUUCAUUGUUUUACAAACGGCACUUGUUCUUGCAAUGACUACUGGUGAGCUCACUUAUGUUAAACACGGGAUUAUUAUUGCAUUUCUCGUUUGGUAUGUUUUGUGUAAGUUAACAUUUUUUGAAAAAUAGAGAA